ACGCCCCUGCAGUACUUGCGAUAGUAGGCGGAGUCGACCCCGGAAGUACUCGGGGAGGUACCGGUGUUUCCGGCGUCCUUUACAUGGCCGCUACCACUUGGGCUCACACCAUCUAGAAAAUCUAAGGGAGCCAUGGUGCUGCUCACGGCGCCGCUAAGGGUACGCGCCCGCCUCACCGACCGCUUCUGGCGGACCCAGGACUUGCUGCAGUACGCCCGGCACUUUCGGGGAAGGAAGAAUCGCUGCUACAGGUUGGCCGUCAGGGCUGUGACUAGAGCGUUCGUGAAAUGUACCAAUGCCCGGAGGCUGAAGAAGAAGAACAUGAGAACACUUUGGAUUAAUCGAAUUACAGCCGCUUCCCAAGAACAUGGUUUGAAGUAUCCAUCAUUUAUUAGCAAUUUAGUCAAGUGUCAAGUGGAACUCAACAGGAAAGUCCUUGCUGACCUGGCUAUUUAUGAACCCAAGACUUUUAAAUCUUUGGCUGCUUUGGCAAAGAGGAGGAGAGAAGAAGGUUUCGCAGCUGCUCUGGGGGAUGAGAAGGAGCCGGCGGGGAUCUUUUCCCGGGUGGUGCACUAUCAGUGAAGGUGAAGCCUUCACCAUGGCCUCAAGGGCACUUUACACAAGGAGAGACUUGGAUUAACUAUCAGUUACCCCAAUUACAAAGUUGAUCGUUUUCCGAGGUUCCACAAGUUGUCCAAAUUUGUUCGUAAUCAUGUCUUUUCACAUUUCAGGAGCACAAAAAAGAGGAAAGGUAGCUGGGCUUUUAAUAGGGUGGAGGGAUGGGAGGGCCCUUUGCCCCCUGGUCACCCUAAGGAAUUCAUUCAGUAUGUUUUCUGUUGAACAAGGAAUAAACUUUAAAAACUUAUCCUCGAAGAGAUGAUAAAAUAAAGUUUUUAUACCACGGUUAA